UAAUGUUUCCUGCUUUGCCGGGCGCUUGACAGUGUGUAGCACGGGGAUGGAUGAGUUCUGGUUUGGCAAAUAAACGACGAUAUAUCAUUACGACUUUUUCAAAAUUCUAUUAAUUCCCUUUGAUUUCGAUAGUUUAGUGAAAUCAACUAGAAACGAAGAGGUAGAAAAUAAGAAAAGGAGCACAGAACCGGGAUGGGAUUGGGCUGCUGUGUGUUUGCACUGUGCGCUAGUAACUCCCUAUCCCGCUGCUGAAGGACAAGGCCCUGCACUGUGAGACCAUCCCGCCCCGCUCCUCUCCUCUCCUCUCCGCUCCACCCCACCCGCGACAUGGAGGAGCACGCCAGCUGUCCCAACGUCAGCAUCCCCUGCUACAACGAGCAGAGGGACAAGAAGAAGCGCUUCACCGUUUACAAAGUGAUGGUCAGCGUUGGAAGGCACGAAUGGUUCGUCUUCAGGAGAUAUGCAGAGUUCGACAAACUCCACAACGCGUUAAGAAAGCAGUUUCCUUCCAUGAACCUGAAGAUCCCAGCUAAGAGAAUAUUUGGGGACAAUUUUGAGCCAGGGUUUAUAAAACAAAGAAGAACUGGACUGCAUGAAUUCAUCCAGAGACUAGUCACCAAUCCCCAGCUUAGUAGCCAUCCUGAUGUCCGAGACUUUCUUCAGAUGGACAAAUCCAAAAACCUCUCGGACGCCUCAGAGGACGAAGAUGAUAAAAAAAGUUCUACCUCCAGAAAUAUUAACCUGGGACCCUUUGGAAACCCCCUUGCGAAGCCCACAGACUUUGACUUCCUGAAAGUAAUUGGGAAGGGAAGUUUUGGCAAGGUAUUUCUCGCCAAACGCAAGAUGGACGGGAAGUUCUAUGCAGUCAAGGUCUUGCAGAAGAGAGUGAUUUUGAACAGGAGAGAGCAAAAACACAUUAUGGCCGAACGCAACGUCCUCCUGAAGAACGUCAAGCAUCCCUUUUUGGUGGGACUGCAUUAUUCAUUCCAGACUACAGACAAACUCUACUUUGUCUUGGACUUUGUCAAUGGUGGAGAGCUUUUCUUCCACCUCCAAAGAGAACGGACCUUUACAGAAUCCAGAGCCAAGUUUUAUGUUGCAGAAAUAUCAAGCGCGCUGGGCUAUUUGCAUUCCCUAAACAUUGUUUACAGGGAUUUGAAACCAGAAAAUAUUCUACUUGACCAAGAAGGACAUGUAGUCUUAACUGACUUUGGACUUUGUAAAGAGGGUAUCUCCCAAGCUGAUACCACAACCACAUUCUGUGGGACACCAGAGUAUCUAGCCCCAGAGGUCCUGAGGAAGCAGCCAUAUGACAACACAGUGGACUGGUGGUGCCUGGGCUCAGUCCUUUACGAGAUGCUCUUUGGCCUGCCUCCGUUCUACAGCAGGGACACCCACGAGAUGUACGACAACAUCCUUCACAAAACGCUGCUGAUGCGGCCAGGGGCGUCCGGCAGUGCCUGGUCGAUCCUGCAGGCUCUCCUGGAGAAGGACCGGACCAAGAGGCUAGGCUCCAGAGAAGACUUUAUUGAGAUCAAAAGUCACAGUUUCUUUUCCUCUAUCAACUGGGAUGACCUAGAACAUAAAAGGAUUCCACCCCCAUUCAAUCCAAAUGUGAAUUCUCAGUAUGACCUUACAAACUUUGAUACAGAAUUCACAGAGGAAACCGUUCCACACUCCGUCUGCUACUCCACCGAACAUGCCAUUGUCAAUGCCAGUGUCAUGGAGGCUGAUGAUGCCUUUGUGGGAUUUUCUUAUGCCCCGCCCUCAGAUGACGCCUUCAUGUAGAAGAGCCCAGUGUCUACAGCCUCUCUCUCUCUCUCUCUCUCUCUCUCUCUCUCUCUCUCUCUCUCUCUCUCCCUCUCCCUCUCCCCCUCCCCCUCCCCCUCCCUCUUCCUCAAGUUCUCUCUCUCUCUCUUUCCUCUCGCUAUAUCUUAACUGGGGCAUGUGUAUUUUUCUUUGUAUUUUUUGACAAAAAAGGGAAUAUUUCCUUUUCUAUAUGAAUUCCUCUAAACUGCGGCCAAAGCCUUUGUAAUCAGAUGACACUUCUAAAUGGUAUGGGCAGCUGGCUUUGUCAGGAUAUCAUUAUAAAUCUUAUGGUAUUUAUGUAACAUUAUAUUUAAAAUAUAUAUGUAUAUAUAUUUGAUCAAGAUAUUAACAUGUUGAGCCAAAUUUGUUUUGUAGAUGACUUCUGCCUUAUAGUUACUGUUUCUAUUUUAAUGCCGUGCAAUGAAAAUUGGUAUCACCUUCCACAUUUUUUUAAAAUGACAAAACUAAAAUAUAUAGACAUUAAUUAAUUUUUAAAGAUAAUACAUAAUAAUUGUUUUCUUCACCAAAGAGGUCACUUGUUUCCCAUAAUGUGCCUAACAUCAAAUUGUUUUUGAUACUAUGUAAUAAGAACUUAAUAAGGUUACUGUGUAAAGCUGUAUAUUUGUACAUAGUGUUUUGGUGGACAGAACUGUUACAUGAUCUGUUAUGAGUGAUAUUACAGUUUUAAGAUUUAAGUUGGGGAUCACACGGAGCUAAAUUUCUUAAGCAAGUCAUUAGUGGAGUCAUCUUUUGUUACAAGCAUAUCAUUGUCAUUUUAUUUUGAACAUGAAUGUAGCUUCACCCCCCAGUGCCAACUGCAUACAGUGUUUCCAAGAGUUAUUUCCUGCGUAUUGCUAUUAUAACUAACCUAUAUUUUACAUCUAUGAAACACAGAAACUACCUACAGUAUGAAAUAAUUUUGAAAUGUAUGCCAGCUUUGAUAGAAGUGUGACUACCUUCACAAGGUGUGUUUGAAGACUUUUGUCAUGUGCAGUAGCCUACAAUUAAAAUACAAUUUAAAAACA